GGGAGGAGCCGGAUGGGGGUGAAUGGGCUGGGGUUGUUUGACAGAAGCUGCGUCAUGCACACGCAGUCCUUCUACGGCGAUUUGGUGUGCAUGCAGGCUGGGCAUGGUAUCUUGGACUGCAGGCAGCUCCGGUCGCUGCAAACCCCUGUGCUCGUGUGGUCCUUUUGCCAUAUACCGUUGACGCGCUCCACCAGUGGGGGUGGGAAAGGUCUUUGGGAGAAGAAGGGGGGAAGGAGGUGGAUAGGGGAGAGGAGUGGAGCGGAGGCAGGUGGGGGGGGGAGUAGCAGAGGGUGGACUGUGGUCGCUGUGCUUGACAAGACUCAAGGAGUGAAUGGAAACGGGAGCGGGCCCGUGGAACCGGCGCGGGUGGCGCUGGAACGACUCUACGUACAGGCGCAGCAAUAUGAGGACAGGUUUCCCAAACCCCGCCAGUUUGUUGGGCAGGAGGCGGAGAUCCAUAAUGCGGUGAGCGAGCUGGAGGGUGACUUGACGGUCGCAUUGGAGGCCCUUCGCACUCGAGAAAAUGAACUCACAGCGGCCGAGGCAGCUGUUAGAACAGACCAAAGGUUGUUGUCCGAUGCCCGCUCGGCGCUCAUGGCACGCGAGAAGCAGCUCGAGUCUUCGGAGCGCGAGCAUAUGCGGCAGAAGGAGGAGUUACACCACUCCCAGAGCCAGCUGCAGUUUCACAAGGAGGAGGUGGAACGAAUCCGCGUUAUGCUGUGGGACCGGGAGGCGGAGAUUCGGUCCGCGCAACAGCAGGUCGUAUGGAGGCAGGAAGAGGUAGAUCGCGUGCGGGCGAGGCUGAUGGACAGGGAUAGGGCGAUGGAGUCGUUGCAGGAGGAGUUGCGUGCCAAGGAGAAGCAACUCGUUCGCGUGAACGUCGAACUGGCCGAUGGCGCUGCACAAAUUAACCGUCUCCGCGGCGAACUGGAUGCUAGGCAGAGGGAAUUCGCAGCGGCCAAGGAGGAGCUGGACAUGAAAUCCGCAAAGCUGCAGAAGACCGAAGAGGAGCUGAAACUCCGGUCGACGGCAUGGCUGGCUGCUCAAAAGGAGUUCAAGCAACUGGAGAAGGUGUUGCAGAACGAAAGGUCGGAGAGGUCCAGAGAACGGAGAGAGCUCGAGCGGACAUGCAAGCUGCUCGAGGAAGUGCGGAGCGAGCUCGACUUAUCGAGAGACUUGGUUGCCAAAGUCCGGAAAGAACUCAACGGGCAGGGCGCCUUGAUGAACCAGCGCGAUCGCCAGCUUGGGCAGCAGAGGGGUCUGCUGAAGAAGAAGGACAAAGAGCUCGCAAAACUGCGCAUGGAGCUAACGAAAGAGAAGGCAAACCUCCAGUCUGCUAGGAAUCAGAUUAUUGCGCAGAACAAAGAGAUACGGGAGAAACAAGUUGGAAUAGAGCUUGUCCAGGCGGAGCUGGACAGGGAGAGGAAGAUGCUAAAAGAGGCAGUGGCUGAGCUCCAUGAGCUGAAGAACGAGCUUCGGCGGAGAGAUGCAGCAUUGUCUGAGGCGCAGCUGGCUGUGCAGAUUCGGGAAGCGGAGCUGAUCACAGUGAAACUUGAGCUGCGGCAGCUGAGAGUGGAGGCUGCGGCGUCCAAACUCGCGAUGAAGAAAAAAGAAGAGGAGGUCCGGAACGCAUGGGACACUGUGAGCAAUCUCCAAACGGAGCUCGUUGUGGUGAAGACAAAUCUGCAGCAGCAAGAAGGGGAGCUGCAGCGCGUCAACGGGAUGCUGCAGGCCACUCAGGAGCAGUUGCAAUGCGUGCGAAAUGACCUUAACGAACGCAAAUUGCAGUUGCUGGAAGUGCGUUCGGCCUUGAAACACAUGUCACACCUGUCUAAAAGCCUGGUCGAGUCGGCGCUACAAGCUGAAGAAGCGGAUGGGACGUUGUCAGCGGCAGCUGGAAGUUCGGAGGACUCCUUGCUGGCGCAGCAGAGCGCGAAACUGCACUUAGCGAGGCAGGAGGCGAACCAGAGAGCGAUGGAGGUCGAGGAGAUGAAGGAAAGGGAGGAGAAGAGGGAGGCGGAGAGCCGGCAGGUUGCCGCGCGACUGGCCGAAGUAGAGGGAUUAGUCCUGGAGCGAGAGGUAGAGCUUGCAGGUGCACGAGUAGAAGCUGCGCAGCGACAGGAGGAGACGCAGCAGAUUGUUAGACAGUGGCAGCAGCGCCAAGUGGACCUCGAACGUGAGAGGGAAGAAGUCGCGACCACAGCGAAGGAGCUUGUGCAAAAGCACGAGGCUGUCUUGAAAGCAUUGUCGAUGUCGAAAUCUGUACGUCUGCCAGAUACGGCAGAGGAGUCGCGGCCGAGCGACUGGACUGCCAGUGCCCUCUUAGACGUCGCGAUUGCACGUCACGAGGUAGAGCUUGCAAUCGACAUGCUACAUGGAAUCGCGCACUCCGCUGAAGGUCUCAAUGAGUUGGGCGUGUCGGCGCCGGCGGAAGCGACCCAGCAAAACAGCACCGCUCCUCUUCAGACGACAAGUCGGAACCUUGGAUGGGAAGGAGCCAUCGACGGAUCUUCUUGCCGACUAGGGGAAUCUGUCAGAAGGGAGGGGAAUGGGGAUGGCACCCAAGUGACGAAACCGCAGCGAGGAGGAGAACAACGAUCGGGUAUCGUCCGCAGAAGUGGUACGCGACGAGGAACACCUGUCUGUGCUAACAACAUGAACAAGGUCCAGGUACGACGGUCGCAUUCCGACACCAACAAGUCUAACCACCUGCUGGGUAAAAGGGAGAAGAAGCAGGUUGACGGCAAGAGCGAAGGAGUGAAGAUCACAGCAAUGGCGAUCGGGUCUGUGAACAGGCUAGCAAAGAAGUUGAUCGGUCAAGUAGAUCCGAGUCUGGAAUCUCACGUCGAUGCGACUCUUACUUGAUUCGGGAAGUCGAACUAAACGUCCGUGCACCGUUGGUAGGUGUUUUUUUUUUUUUUUUUUUUUUUUUAUGCUGACUCCGAGUUUGCUGACUCACUAGGUGCAGUUCCCCUUUGUUUGUUUGUUCAAAAUCUCAAAUUCAUCGUCCGUAGGUGUUCUUUUUUCUUUUGGACAGAAAAUGGCAUGCGAAGAAUAGCCAAGCAGCAAAUUCUUAGCCUCACAGCAAAUGUUAUGAAGGAAUAUAAACAGAAAAUGUCAUGUUCCUAGGAUGCUAUUUAUAAGCAUGGUUACGA